UAAGUUAUCCUACUAACAAUGUAUGGACUUCUUAAUUAAAGUUAUUUAUGUAAUAUCGCUUUUAUUUAAUACUGUCAUUUACAUAUAAAUAAAUGCAUCUGUAAACCAAAACCGUGUUAGUUGGUAAAAAGAUGAAGUUAUUGAUGUUUACUCUAUGGACAUGAUUAUUUCAUUUUAAUAUACUAAGAGGUGUGUAAUGUUAAUAGUUACUUAAAAUGGAAAUUCCUUCAAAAUAUGGAAAUUACAUUUAUUCUGUUAGGGACUGACAGCCUCAUUCACUCAAAUUGCAUUUUUUUUUUUUUUCAUUAAAAAAGUGAAGGUGGCUGAGGCUGUUUUUUUUUACUAUUAUUAUUUUAAAGUUCACCAGACCACAGCAUUUCACAAAGCAAAUAAUAGAUGUAUUCAUGCAAGAGCUUUCAAGGCUGCUCCGAGAUAACACUGGGAAGUUCUUGAUACGGCACAAAUGUAUCAAAAGCCACUUGUCUCUGUUUGGCCAAUGCAAAACUAUCAAGAGAACAGAAGAUAUGCUGUACUGUAGAGUACUCGGCCGGAAUUCUCCAGUGCUUGGAGUGGAUUGGCCGGAAUUCUCAAAUUUUGCUUCUGAAGACAGGACAGCAGAUUUCUCUUGAUUAUAGCAGGACGUGGAAUGUUGUUGAACUAGAGCGUAACAGGGACCUCCUUGUCUACUUUUGUUUGAUAUGUACUUCCUGCAGCACACAUUUUGUAUGUCUUAAUGUGUGUCAGUCAUGAAGGUGCUGUUUCCCAUAAUGUGACUGUCACGAGUGUAAAGGGCCAGGCUUCCUCUCCAUACACUUUUAUGAUGAUUUUUAACACCUGCAGAAGUACUGAGAAAAGCCAAGGCUGCAAAUUCUGAUAUCAUUCCAUUCUGAUGCCUAUCUGGUUCUAAGAUAUUAUAUGUUGAAACCGACAGAAGCUGAGUCACUAGGGUAAUUUAAGCAAAGCAAGCAAGUAUAAGCUUGAUUGCAUUGAAUUCUUGUGAUGUGGAAAAUGUUAGUAGUUAAUCAGACGCUGAGGAUUGAACAUCGCAGACUUGAAGGAUUAUAUUAGCUGUUUUGACAAGAUGCACUUUAAAGGAUCCAGCAACGUCACGCUGUUGUUUAAUUUCUGGGAUGUGCAUGGGCCUGCAGGGAUGGUGCUGUCGGUCUUUGUAGUUCUACUGCUCACGAUGCUCUACGAGCUUCUGAAAGUGUGGAAGAUCACUGUGGGAAAACAGAAGCACUCCUCCGUUACACAUCCAUCCGCUCCAGUGACAUUCUCUCCUGAACAGUCGUGUUUCGCCCCCGUCAUGAGGUGUCAAGAGGGAAGCUCUGCUUUGGCCAGCAGUCCCUCUGAGAUCUCAUUAGCUCCCACAGAGACUACUACAGCCACUGCUGACACCACUGCCACUUCUGAGAAGAGCUGGCUUCUGCACUGCCUCCAGACCGCCAUACACAUCCUGCAGGUGACGCUAGGCUACAUGCUAAUGCUUUGCGUCAUGUCCUACAAUGUGUGGAUCUUCCUGGGGGUCAUCACGGGGUCCGUCUUGGGCUACUUUUUUACUUUUCCUCUCCUGAAGCAUAUUUGAGAAUAGAUGAAGGAAUGGAAAACAUUCAUUUUAAUUCACAGAGGACUCUAGAUGAAGAGCAAUGGGAAACCUUUUACAUUUCAUGAUGCCAGGAUUGUGUGCCCAUGAUCAGAGUUGUGCAUUUUCAACGAUAAGACGUGCAAGAAAUGUAGACCGAACAAGGAUGACUUUAAUUUUUUUAAGGUUGGAUUUUUAACUUCAGUCUGGUGAUAACCAAUUGUAAAAUUGGUUGAAUCAUAUUGUUAUCAAUGGUUAAAUUUUAAACCUUAUUGGAAUAUCUUACGCCAAGAAUGGUGUUAAACGCAUGUGAUUUUACAUGGUCGUAACCUUCUGUUUGAACAGUUCGUUUGAGAACGGCAAUGUGCCUCUGACCGGUUUUAAACUUUAGUCAAUUACUGAUGUAAUUAAUAAGCUAAUUUUCUGUUACACAAAUUAAUGUUUAUGUUCUGCUCUCUGAGAUUAGUUUUAAUGUAGCCGGUGGUUUUCUGUUAUUUUGGGAAAUCACACUAGUUUUAAACCUUGUGAUGAGUCAAAAUAAACUUCCUACGUGAGUCAAGAUCAGGCGUUCUUGUCAUGCUGGAAAUUACUGCCGAAUGGGGAACAAAACCAUUGGUUGAAAAGAGAAAUGCAAAUCAUGUGGCCUUAGUUAAUGUUCACCAGCAAUACAGGACACUGAAACUGAUUGACUGACUAAAAGCAGAAAUUGGAGACCUACAAUCCUCACCGCAAUGAUUUAAAGUUUUUUUUUUUAUUAAUGGUUUUUCCAGUUGUUCGUUUUUUGUCUCCAUUGCUUAAUUGAUUUUAAAUAAAAUUUGUUUUAUUGAACCAUGUUUAAUUAUA